UCUACCAGAAAGGUUUCAUCUUCUCUUUUAGUUCCCGCCGUGCUUCUGGGUUCCGAUAAACCUCAGCUUUCAUUAUUACCGAAAUGCCCCUCCCAAGACCCCAUAUUCCAACCCAGUCUUCCUUCCGCUUCGGUCUCUCCGACGCUCUCCUCGCCGACAAAGCAAUCACAUACCUCAAGCGCCACCCCCACAACCUCAACUCUCUCUCUUCCCAUUUCACCCCUGAAGCCGCCUCCUGCUUACUCCUCAAAUCCCAAUUCGACCAAACCCUAACCCUAAAGUUCCUCAAUUGGGCUCGCAGCCACCACCACCGCUUCUUCACCUUCCAGAGCAAGUGCCUCGCCCUCCACAUCCUCACCCGCUUCAAGCUCUACAAGUCCGCCCAGGCCCUCGCCGAGGAGGUCGCCGUCAACACCGUCGACGACAGGGGCAAUUUGGUCUUUCAGUGCCUCACGGACUCGCUGCAGGUCUGCAAUUCCAGCUCGGCGGUUUUCGACUUGGUGGUGAAGUCUUACUCUCAUUUGAAUUUCGUUGAUAAAGCUAUUAACAUUGUUAACUUAGCUAAAGCUCAUGGAUUUAUGCCCGGUGUGCUUUCGUAUAAUGCGAUUUUAGAUGCUGUGAUUAGGUCUAGAGGGUCUGCUCAGUUUGCUGAGGAGGUUUUUAGUGAGAUGACUAGGAAUGGGGUUUCGCCGAAUGUGUAUACAUAUAACAUUUUGAUUAGGGGUUUCAGUGCGGCGGGGAAUUUGGAAAUGGUGUUGUAUUUUUGGAGUGAAAUGGAGAGGAAUGGGUGUCUGCCGAAUGUGGUUACGUAUAAUACGUUGAUUGAUGCUUAUUGUAAGUUGAAGAGGAUGGAUGACGCGUUCGGAUUGUUGAGAUCGAUGGCAUUGAAGGGUUUGGAGCCUAAUUUGAUUUCGUAUAAUGUGGUGAUUAAUGGGUUGUGUCGGGAAGGGAGGAUGAAUGAGACUGGUCAGAUUCUUGAGGAGAUGAAAAGAAAGGGUUUUGUUCCUGACGAGGUGACAAAUAAUACACUCAUUAGUGGGUAUUGCAAGGAAGGUAAUUUUCACCAAGCACUUGUGUUGCAAGAGGAGAUGCGGAGGAAUGGCUUGUCUCCGAAUGUUGUCACUUAUACAGCAUUGAUCAAUGCCAUGUGUAAGGCUAAGAAUUUGAAUCGAGCAAUGGAGUUUUUUGAGCAGAUGCGUGUUAGAGGACUUCCUCCAAAUGAGAGGACGUAUACUACAUUGAUAGAUGGCUUCGCCCAACAAGGGUUCUUAAAUGAAGCUUACCGUCUUCUGAAUGAAAUGGUUGGUGGUGGAUUUUCUCCUUCGGUUGUGACUUACAAUGCCCUUAUCAAUGGAUACUGCUUAUUAGGCAGGAUGGAAGAGGCAAUGGGAAUUGUACAAGAUAUGGUAGGGAAAGGGUUAUCCCCUGAUGUAGUAAGUUAUAGUACUAUUAUCACUGGGUUUUGUCGGCAUCAAGAAUUGGAGAGUGCAUUCCAAAUGAAGAUGGAGAUGGUGGAGAAGGGUAUAUCACCCGAUGCUGUUACCUAUUCAUCACUAAUUCAAGGUGUCUGUCAGCAAGGGAGACUAGUUGAAGCUUGUGAUCUCUUCCAAGAAAUGAUAAGUAUGGGUUUGCGUCCUGAUGAAUUCACAUACACAACCUUGAUCAAUGCUUACUGCAAGGAAGGGGAUUUGAAUAAGGCUCUUCAGUUGAAUGACGAAAUGAUAAAGAAAGGUUUCCUACCUGAUGUUGUGACCUACAGUGUGCUUAUCAAUGGACUUAACAAACAAGCUCGGACAAGAGAAGCAAAGAAACUUCUACUCAAGUUGUUCUAUGAUAACUCUGUCCCAGAUGAUGUCACAUACAAUACUCUAAUAGAGAGCUGCACGAAUGUUGAAUUUAAGAGUGUGGUAGCCCUUGUAAAGGGAUUCUGCAUGAAGGGUUUGAUGAAAGAAGCAGAUCAAGUUUUUGAAACAGUGAUUAAGAGGAAAUACAAACCUAAUGGAGCAGUUUAUGACGUUAUCAUACAUGGUCAUUGUAAGGAAGGAAAUGUUCAGAAGGCAUUGAAUCUGUACAAGGAAAUGUUGCUUUCUGGUUAUCUUCCUCAUACUGUAACUGUUAUUGCGCUGAUUAAAGAACUUUUCACAGAGGGAAUGAACAAUGAACUGAGUCAAGUCAUAGAGAACACACUGAGGAGCUGUGAGCUUACUGAUGCUGAGCUUGCAAAGCUACUUGUUGAAACAAACCAUAAAGAAGGAAAUAUGGAUGCAGUUUUUAAUGUCCUUGGUGAAAUGGCCAAGGAUGGUCUCCUUCCAAAUAGUGGAGCAAACGCUUGUGCAGGGGGGUAAAUAUUGUCUUAUUAAAAAGAGAAAAAAAUGAUAUCAAGCAUUCAAGCUGAUUGUCAUUUUCUCUGAUUGACCAAGUAAAUGAUGAAGGUGGUAUGCCGAAGUGCAUAAUUAUCUGAGUUUUGGUUGUUGGCAUACAAAUUGCUUUACUGAAGUUAUGGUGGCUUGCUGCAAUGAACCUUGUUCCUCCAUUGCCAUGUUCAUUGGCCAAUUUAUUUGUGAAGAUUCAUCAUUUACCACUGCACUUUCCUUCACUUGCUGGAAAGGUCCUGAUGAAUUUAACAGAUAGUUGUGGUGGUUACCAUCAAUUCCCUGAGGCCAAGUCUUUCUCAAGAUUCAUAUCAAAGCAGAAGUGAAUAGGAACUUGGUGAAGCAAUUGGUUUUUUCUUCCUCGUAAUGGAAGAUGUGCAUGAUGUUUCUAUUUGGUACCAUCUUCACUUGCCAGAAGGGGGCACACGUUGUGUUAUUUUGCCUUUGAGCAUAGCAUAUCCUGAGAUGCCAAGGACGUGGUGGAUUUGAUUCGGAUGAGAUUUGAAGGAUAUAUUUGAGACCGAAAGAAGAUAUGAACGAUGGAAUGUCUGUUAAAUAUUGGGACUAUGAGUCUGCAACUAUGAGUCUCGUUGCAGGUCUGCAAUUCCAGCUCGGCGGUUUUCGACUUGGUGGUGAAGUCUUACUCUCAUUUGAAUUUCGUUGAUAAAGCUAUUAACAUUGCUAAGCUCAUGGAUUUAUGCCUGGUGUGCUUUCGUAUAAUGCGAUUUUAGAUGCAGUGAUUAGGUCUAAAGGGUCUGUUCGGUUUGCUGAGGAUGUUCUUUUACUUCUGAAGGGAUGGAAAAUACUCAAAAGAUGAUGCAAAGACUGUUGCAUUUUGUCAUCUGCAGGGUGUGGUGCACCGUGAUAUUAAGCCAGAGAACUUUUUGUAUACUGCUAAGGAUGAGAGUUCGCCAUUGAAAGCCAUUGACUUUGGCCUAUCAGAUUUUGCCAAACCAGGCACUGUCUAAGACAUUGACUGUGGAAGAACUCUUUUAUCUGAAGGAGCAGUUUGCACUAUUAGUACCGAAUAAGAAUGGCACUAUCACUCUUGACAAUAUUAGAAUGGUCC